CGGUGCUGUUCUGAACGACCAGUUCAAAAACGGGGAAGGCGUAGUUGGAUGGGGUUUGUGUUGGAGGACCGCUGUGCCGCAGUCAUUUACAGUAAAUUGCUUCGAUACACACGGAGCAAACGUACCUCAAAGUAAGUUCAAGAUCGUUUUAGGGAAACGCGUCGUUCAGUACAAACCGUUAAGCAACGUAAACGUUCAAUCGAACUGAACGCACCCCUGAGUAUCCCUGGAUGACUGUUUCCGCAUCUUGCCAACUGUCCUAAUGAAUGAGGCGGAGGAUCUCCAGCAUUGCUUCUCAGUGAUAUAACAGCAAGGAUAUUCAUUUCACUAACAGUACCUUUAGAUAUCACCAUGGAGACCCUCACACCCCACGUGUAUUGGGCACAGCGUCAUGCAGACAUCUACCUGCGUGUGGAGCUGAGUGACGCUAAGAAUCUUGAUAUCUGCGUGCAAAACAACACCCUGCAAUUCAAAGCUCAGGGUCACGGAGCUAAAGGAGACCAUGACUAUGAGUUCAGUCUGGACUUCCUGGAACCAGUAAAACCUGAGGUUAGUCACAGGUCGACCCAGCGCCUGGUAAAUGUGACAGUGAGGAAGCAGGAGCAGCGUUGGUGGGAUAGACUCACUCUGCAGGAGAGGAAACCUCUCUUCCUGGCGCCAGACUUCGACCGUUGGCUCGACGAAUCAGACGCGGAGAUGGAGCUUCAGGCUAAGGAAGAGGAGAAGAUAAACAAGGUCAGCAUCGAGUCAAGAAUCCGUACAGACCCCUACCUGGGCCUGAAGAAGGGCUAUCUGUUCAUGUACAACCUGGUCCAGUUCCUGGGUUUCUCCUGGAUCUUUGUCAACAUGACCGUCCGUCUCUUCAUCCUGGGACAAGACUCGUUCUAUGACACGUUCCACACCAUUGCUGACAUGAUGUACUUCUGUCAGAUGAUGGCUAUAGCAGACUGGUCAGAACCCUCUAGUGGGCUGGUCAAGACAGACCCUGCUAUGAUCCAGGUGGUGGGUAGGAACGUAAUCCUGUUUGUGAUCUUCGGUAGUCUGGAGGAGAUGCAGAACAAAGCAGUGGUCUUCUUCGUCUUCUACCUCUGGAGCACCAUAGAGAUCUUCAGGUAUCCAUUCUACAUGUUGGCCUGCAUCGACACAGACUGGAAGCUGCUGACCUGGCUCAGAUACUCCAUCUGGAUGCCCCUCUACCCUCUGGGGGUGCUAGCAGAGGCUAUAGCUGUGAUCCAGUCCCUGCCUAUCUUCGAUGAGACCCGUCUGUACAGCAUCCCUCUACCUACGGUCCUGGGCUCGUCCUUCAGCUUUUCCUUCACUCUGAAGAUCUACCUGGCCCUCAUGUUCCUCGGUCUGUUCAUCAACUUCCGCCACCUGUUUCGCCAGAGGAGGAGACGAAUGCGCUCCAGGAAGAGGAAAAUGAACUAACGGAUAGAAGGACAAACCUCACGAUCUCUCCAGUCGCACUACUGGUUGCCUUUUCACACCUCUCCUCUCACACCUCUCUCUCUUCUCUCUUCUCUCCUCACCUCACACCUCUGUCCUCUCUCUCCUCUCCUCCCCUCUCCUCUCCUUAUACCUCUCACCUCUCUUCUCUCCUCACCCAGUCUGUUCAUCAGAGGUACCUCCUCUAACACAAACCCUUCCCUUCCUCACCCAGUCUGUCAAUCAGAGGUACCUCCUCUAACACAAACCCUUCCCUUCCUCACCCAGUCUGUUCAUCAGAGGUACCUCGUCUAACACAAACCCUUCCCUUCCUCACCCAGUCUGUCCACCAGAAGUACCUCCUCUAACACAAACCCUUCCCUUCCUCACCCAGUCUGUCCACCAGAGGUACCUCCUCUAACACAAACACUCAUCUUCCUCACCCAGUCUGUCCACCAGAGGUACCUCCUCUAACACAAACACUUCUCUUUCUCACCCAGUUUCUGAUUUAUAUGUUAGUAUUAACAGAUACAUGUCAUACUGUACUGUUAGUAUUAACAGAUACAUGUCAUACUGUACUGUUCGUAUUAACAGAUACAUGUCAUACUGUACUGUUAGUAUUAACAGAUACAUGUC